AUGACCGACACCAUUGCAGUCACCAACACCGACCUGAAGGGCGUGCUGCCGCUCAUCGCGCGCGGCAAGGUCCGCGACCUGUACGAGGUCGACGACAAGACCCUCCUCUUCAUCGCGACGGACCGCAUCUCCGCCUACGACGUGAUCAUGGCCAACGGCAUCCCGAACAAGGGCGUCCUCCUGACGCUCUGCACGCAGAAAUGGUUCCAGAUCCUGACGGAAGCGAUCCCCACGCUAAAAACGCACUUCCUCACGCUCGACCUGCCGCCGCAGAUCCCGGAGUCGCUGCGCCCCGUCCUGCAGAACCGCAGCAUGCAGGUGCGCAAGCUGCGCAUCCUGCCCAUCGAGGCUAUCGUCCGCGGCUACAUCACCGGCUCCGCCUGGAAGGAGUACCAGAAGUCCGGCACUGUGCAUGGCAUCCCCGUGGCGCCGGGGCUGCGCGAGAGCGAGGCUUUCCCUGACGGACCGAUCUACACGCCCAGCACGAAGGCGGAGCAGGGCGAGCAUGAUGAGAAUAUUCAUCCGGAUCAGGCUGCGAAGAUUAUCGGCGAGCCGUAUGCGUCGAUCGUUGCGGAACUCGCGGUCAAGCUGUACAAGACAGCGCAUGAGUAUGCUCUCACCCGCGGGGUGAUCAUUGCCGAUACGAAGUUCGAGUUUGGCGUGGAUGAGGAGACGAACGAGGUUGUGCUGGCCGAUGAGGUGCUGACGCCUGACUCGUCGCGGUUCUGGCCCAAGGAUGACUAUGAGAUUGGUCGUGGCCAGCAGAGCUUCGAUAAGCAGUUCCUGCGCGACUGGCUUGUCAAGGAGGGUCUAAAGGGUAAGGAAGGUGUGCGCAUGAGCGACGAGAUUGCCCAGAAGACGAGCGAGAAGUACCGCGAGGCCUGGCAGCGGAUCACCGGGGGUAACUAG